AUGUCUUUUAAAAAUAAUCGAUUAGGGAAACUCGAUGUACAAAAUUUAACAAAACAUGUUCAUUUAUUAACAUUAUUUUUGCCUGAACAAUUUCUUAAACGUGGUGCUGAUCAAGAUUGUAUUCUUGUUCUUUUACUUAUUCAUCUUUUAAUCUCGAAAUGUGAUUUAUUAAUUAGUGAAAUACAGAAAAAAUUUCCAACAAUUGAUCAAAUUAAUUUUGAUGAUGUUGUUAAAUCACAUCGAGCAGAAGAAUGGAAUUUUUGCAUAGCAAUGGAAGUGUGUAAUCCAGAUGGUCUUCGUCAUAUAGCCGGCAUCUAUCAUGAUUUAUUAACACAUGAAAGAUCACUUGAUUUUCUUCUUGAUCUUUUACAAAGGGAUCAAUUACAUGAUUCAUUAUCAUUAAAUGCAUUAGAUAAAACAAUAUCAUUUUAUGAACACAUCUAUAAAAGUUAUUUAAGUCAAGAAAAAUUUUCCAUGCCGAAUUAUUUGCGAGAUUUAACGUGUGUGGUGUUAUCAAGUAGUGAUGCACUUCAAACCGAUAUUCAACGUAUACAAGUUGUACAAAAGCCUGGUAAUGAUCAAACCCCAUUUUCUGUUCUUGUUCAGCAUCUUGUUGAAAGUAAUGAACACACGCGAACUUACGUUGACAAAAUAAAUCGUCUUGUGGCACAAGAAGAUGAUAAAAAUCGUUCAUUAAAUCUCGAUUCAAAUAGCAUAUCGUCAAUUGAAUCAUCUAUUCGUAAUUUAGAUCGUUUAACAAAGACAUUUCAUGAAAUAUGCUCUGGUUUAACAACUAAAAUUCUCUUACUUUCUGAUGCUAAUGAACGAGUAAGCACACAAGAUAUAGAAAAUAUUGCAUAUCAAGCAUGUGAUAAAAUCUAUAAGAAAGAAGAUAGUGAUCCAUAUGAAAGUCUUAGAGAUUCCAUGCAUGAAAUAGUUUCUAUGUUAACAACAAUAAGUGAUGUAUUAGAAACAGGUUUAUAUGAUUCUUCAUUAACUGAACAAAAUGCUAAACAAUCGAUUUAUUUAAUUGCUGAACAAUUUAAAACCUUCAUAAAUGAAUCGGAUUCAAUUCGUGGUAAACUUGAAUUAAAAGAAGAAGAACUAUUAGAUCUUAACAAAAUGCUUAAACUUAAACAUGAUGAAUUAAAUUCUACAACAGAUGAACGAAUAUCUCUACAAUGUCAAUUAGCAUCGCCAUCUGUGAAUGAUGUAAAUUUAAUAUCAACAGUAAAUGAACAAGAUAGUGGAGCACUGCGAAAUACUGUUCGACUUUUAAAAGAUGAAAUAUGGCAUCUAAAAAUGAAUCGUUCAUCAGUUGAAUUAGUUAAACUUGAACAAUCAACACCAGCUACAAAAAUAAAUGAAAUAGCUGAUAUUUAUAAAACUUCAACAUUACUUUUAAAUAAUCUAGUUUCAUCAAUAGUCAAUUAUAAAAUAACUGGAGAGAAUGUGGCAGUUAAACAAGAAAUCGUACGAUCAAAAAUGAAAUUAGUUGAUCAAACAGCAAUUAAUGUAAGGACAUUUAUUUGA